AUGCGUCAUUUCAUUUCUAUCCCUGACUUCCUGCUUGUUGUUGUCUUCCCAGAAGAAAAAGUACAAGAAGAUGAUGUGAAAGAGAUGCCUCAGUCUACUUCGGAAAGUGCAUCCGUCUCAGUGACAUCAGACGCUUCUGGACUGGGGACAUCAGAGAAUGUGGCUUUGAACACAGAGGAACCUCCAGACACGGUAGAAAGCAUGUUUCCAUGGAGGGACAAUUUCUUUGAAAAAAUUGAGGAAAGAUCCAUGGCCAUGCAGGAUACCGUAAUCAAUAAGUUUCUCCUGCAAAAGGAACUAGACAAAAAGAUGGAUAAAAAGUUCCCUUUGGAUGACUUGGCCAAUGAAUGGUUAAAUGAUGACAAAAGGACAUUGGAUACUCAAGUCUAUUUACUUGAAAAGCUGUUGCCUACACUGAUGCCAGGAGUUGAAAAAAUGUUAAUGGAAGUGGAAAAGAGGAAGCUUUUGGGAUUGAAUAGGAGGACCAAUUUUAAUCCGAUUAAUUAUCUGGGGGAAUACCUGAUGAGACAUAACCCCAAAUAUCGAAAAGAAUUACCAGAAUCUGGUUAUCUGAAAGCAAUGAAGAAUGUCGUGAAGGAGAUGAAAACCCAAAUUCCUGACACUCCUUUCAAUAGAGUAUUCAAGAUGAAGAAAGAAGUCAAAGAAAAGCGAGAGCAGAGAGAAAAUAUCAACAAAAUCAAGACUCAUGUGGGUAAGAUGCGGAAGGAAGCUCUGGCCGUGCAGUUUAAAGAAUGGCUUCUGGAUAUUAAUGGAAAGAUUCCACUUCCUGUGAUUCAGAAUGCUGUUGGAGCGUUUCUGGACACCCCAGCAGGACGGAAAGCUGAGGCACUUUACCAGCCAUUGGAAUUUCUAGGAUCAAUGAAAGAUAGGAGAGAUGAAGAAGGUUUUAUAGAGGAGAUCUUCCCAUGCAUCAAGGACUUAACAAGUGAAAUGUUCACAAACUUCCUGAAGCACCUUUGCCUGUGUGCAGAUGACUUCUGGGAAAUAGUGAAACAUGACAGGUGGAGGCAAAGGUUUUUAAAUCUCUUCCUGGUCUGUGAUGUUGGAAAGAUGGGGUUCCUGGACCGGGAGAAGACAUUGACCUUGCUGGAAAACUUCUAUGACAAAAGCCCGAAGAUGGUUAAAAAGCUAUUCCGGAACCCAAGAUAUUGGCCAUUUGUUGACUUUGGAGACAUAGAACCAGCUGAGCUCUGGGGAGACUUGGAUGAUGAGAGGAGCCCUUUUGAGUCAUCAGAGCAAAUAAGUGCAGCAGAGAUGAGGAGACCCCUUUUCGACAUUGGGAAGCAAUCUUCCCAGUACUACUCAGAAGAGGCUGAAGAGGAGGAAUAUGAACACAAAAUCAUUAGCUGGCCUCCCACUCCUAUGACCUAUGGAGAUGACUCAGAGCCACAAGAAACAAUGAAUGAUGAGGAAGAAGUGGAUCCUAAGGAUGUGAUGAGGUCCUCAGAACAGAUGCAGGAUGAUGUGGGUUCCACGGAGGAGUUACCUCUAAAAUCACAGACUAAGAAAAGACUAAGUCAAGAAGCAAAGCAGGGAGAACCUUCCACGGAAGAGGGAGAAUCAUCUGAGGGGGAACUGGCCACAGAGCAGGGGGAACCGGCCAAAGAAGAGGGGGAACCGAUCAAAGAGGAUGAAAGGCCUGCCGAGCCAAGUUCAUCCAAGGGUUCGGUAGUAAAACAGAGAAACUCUGUAGAAGAGAAGAGGGACUCCAGGAUGGGAGCAAGAAAACCCUCAGGGGGACCAGCGAAGGAGAAUGGAUCAGCAACAGAACAGAAAAGCUCGACCACAAGAGUACCAGAGCCUGGAGAAGAGCAAGAAGAGCCUUCAAAGAGGCCACGAGAACCAUCAAUGUCUGCAAAAGCAUCAAUAGAAGGGAAAGAAGUCAGUUCCCUGGAAGAAAGCACCAUACUCCAAGAGCAAAGCAGCCAAAAUAUCUCCACAGAUUCUCCAGUGGAAGAGAAAGUUGAAGCGCAGCUCAAGGACUCCAAGUCAACCACAGAAGAAAACCUCCCAGAAACUGGAGACAAAGACACAACCUGUGAGCCCAGGAGCCAGCUAAUAGAAGGGAAGCCAUGGUCAGGCGAACUCUUAACUUCUGACCUGAGUAAGACGUAUAUGAAAUAUGGAGAAAACAAACAGGCUUAUUCAGUCUCCGAUGACCCCAGGUUCUCAGAGCUGCGUCCAAUAAUCCUCAAAAUGUGGAGUCAGGAAGAGUCAAAGAUGAGAAGUUUAUUCACCAAGAACUACCUCACCGUGCCGCAGUUUGUUCAACUCCUGGAGAUGUUUGUGGGGAACGGCGUCCCAGAUGGCGUCAUGAAGAAGUUCAUCCACUUUUUAAAGAAGAAUUAUGUGGAGACCCAUGAAGAGAAAAUGAACCACUUGGAGAAGAUUCAUCAAGAGACUAUGGAAAUGCGAAGGAAGAUACUCCUGGAAGCCCUCUUUCAGAAGUGGGAUAAUGAAGGUUCCGGCUUCCUGGACCUGUACGAGGUCGAUAAACUUCUGUUUACCUACAAGAAAGGCAUGGAGAAAGUAUCGAUGAUGAAAGCAAAACUGCACAUGAAACUACCAAGGCGCCACCCUGGCAACGAAGUGAGGUUAGACGCAAAUCAGUUUGGAAACUACAUCGAGCUGGUUGUGGCCGAGCUUACUGGGAACGAAAACGAAGACUUUGACAACGUGGUGGAAUUCCUGACGAUGAGCUUGACGCGGAACCACACGGAGCAGCUCCGGAACAUGGCCCGGCGCAAGUGGCUGCGGAGGAUCCAGCAAGCCGCUGAAACCAGUGGGGUUUGCCUGGAGCCCGUGUACGCGGCAGUCCUCAAGGCCCUGACGGAGGAUGCUGAAGUCCAUGGCAACAACAAGAAGAUUAGUGCCUACAUUGCCCUCUUGGAAGAGAACAAAACCAUGCCAAAGAGAGGAAAAGUCCUCCUGAGGAAUGUGGCUUGUACCAUAGAAGAUGCCCCAUUCCUCCUGAAGCAAGCACUUUACCGGGACAUGAAAGGAAUCAGUUUUACAGUGGUGGAUCAGGGAAAGCCAAUCCAUGUCCCACAAGUUGAGAAGCAUGGAAAUAUCCACUUCUGGAACCCUGCCCGUCAACAAAAGGAUUGUAAAGGGUCAUUCCUGGCUAUCCCUCUUGAGGAUGCUUACAAGAGAAGCUUUGGGAUCCUGGGAGUAGACACCCUACGGGAUACCUCCAGAAAAAGCAUCUUUGUAACUCAUGAGAUCAGCUUCUAUCAGGGUGUGGCCAAUGCAUUUAGUAUUGCCUACCACUAUGUCCACAGCCGGGAACACAUCUUGCAUGUGAUAGCAACUGCUGUUAGCUGGCUCCGCAUUGUAGCACCUAGUAUCAGGAACGUUACCACCUUCCUGGUGGAACCUGGACCAGACCAGGAUUCAGAUUAUGUUCUACGAAAAAUGAUGUACUUGGACAAUAAAAGAUGUAUGUUAAUCUUCUCCCCUCCUGCCAUCCUUCACAGAAGGGAGAAUCUGUUCAGAGACUAUAUCUUUAGAAGCAUAGACACCUCUGAGGUUAUUUUCACCUAUGCCCUUGGGAUCGAUCACAUAAUUGCUCCAAUUCGAGACAGAAAGGGCCUGGCACUGGGGUUGCUUGAUUUCACCACUGCACAGCAGAAGAUGUUGCCAGUUCAGGAGUACAAAGAUCUACAGAAAAUGUUGAAGAUAGUUCAAGAAGCCUGCAAUGAAAUACUAGGCGAAUGCUCUGGAAAAAUCGAAAAAAAAUAUGUCCUAGAGAUAGAGCACAGGGGAGAAGUACAAAGGGCUGGGAUUCUCUUCUUCCGCAUCAUGCUGAAAGAGGUCCAGGGGAGGAUCCGGGAGCUCGAUCCUCAGGCCUUCAAAGAUCUGAAAUAUUAUUAUGAUCAAUUUUUGUCUAUGAUAUAUGACUCCCCACUCAUUGAAAAGGAUCAUCACAAUCCUCCUACUUUGGUCCAUGACAUCAUAAAAACAAUACUGUUGAUCAUUCAUCCGGAGUGGGAGAAUACAGAGACUGUUGAGGACUGGGAUCAAUGUAAACAGCACAUUACCAAUGACUUGAUUGCAAGCCUUUGCGUCUUUGAUCCCACUACGGAAAAUGUCAGAGUUGAUCCAGACUUCAUUUCUAAAUAUAUCAAAGGGAAUCCCCGAAAAAUGGUGUGGUUGCAGCAAUCCGUUGCCAUCGAAUACUUGUACCACUGGGCACUUACCUGUCUGUGUCUGAUAGAGCUGAAAUAUAAACUGGAGGACAAAUAUGCUCCUCCUUUGCCCCCCGGAGAGAUGGCCCUAAACAGACUGCAGGUCAGAUUUUAGUAGACCAACCUUGAGCGGGAUGGUAAAAUAGUUAAAGAGCUCUUUUUCACUAUGUUCAGUUUUCUUUGUUAGUUGUUCAGAUAUUUUCAUUUAGAAAGAAGUGCUUCUAGACAAAUGCUUCAUUUCAAAGCCAAGUCACAGGAAAGUCUUGGCCCAAGAAAGAUCAAAGUUACCUCAGAAUUCUGGCCUUUCUAACUCCUAGACGGUGUCAGCAUUGAUGGUUGGGUGGUGUUUGUUUCAUUUUUGUCAUGGGAACGUAGGCAGAAAGGGAAAGACAAGGCUUAAGACUGUGAAAAGUCUAUAACUCUAAAACAGAAUAAUAUAUUGCCUGUUAGAUGGAUCACUUUUAAUUCUGAUCAACUUCUAGUCUUUCUGACUCAUGGCCCUUUGGCCAUUGGAAAGUCAUGUUAACCAGAAAGCCUUGUGGAAAGAGCAUCUUUGUCUCUUACUCCUGGGAAAAAGCCAACACCUUUGUUGCAGAGGGCCCUGCCUAGCUUGAGAAUGGUCGAAAGACUUUUACUUGUUUAAAGUGUGGUUACAGCAAACUUUGCUGCUUGGCAGUGAGAUUCCAUCUUUGUAAUAAUGUAUCUGAUGGUA